GGCUUGCCUAGUCACUUUGCUAAGCCCUACCUUAGUACUUGGUGACAAGUCGCAUGUCACUGUUUGGGGCAGUAAUGAUACUACCUACCUAGUAUAUGAUGACCCUUAGUUACACUUGUAAAAGAGUAUUCAAAUGUACUAGCUAACAGUGUACUCUUUAGGCUACUGAGACAACAAAGUUGGACCGACCUAAGAUAGCUACUACCUAAUUGUAGUAUGGAAAUGGUUCAUACCUAGCCUAUGCAAGCUACAAGAGAGUAAUUUUUAUAGGUCUUGAAAAUGAAAUGGAGGGAAAGAAUUUCCAUCCUCUCAAGAAAGCGUCAAAACAGUCGAAAUGGAGCUAGUGCUGCUGAGACCUCUGCUAACAAGAUAGCUGCCUCAGGGACAAGUCAUGAUGCUAAGGAUGACGUUGAGAAAACUCUGUCUCAGAUCCGUCCUGUUAUUGGGCCAGAUCACAAGAGUUAUUAUAUUUUAUUACGUGGGAAUGAAGACUCCUUUACUUGUAUUCAGCCAUCUAAAGAAGUUAUAACAAGUUUAGAUGAUGUAGUAAAAAAUGUUGUUAGCAGUGUCAGACAAGGGAGACCACAAGAUGUUACUUCACUUCCUUAUGCAUGGACAUCAAAAAAUAGUGAGGCAAGGUCAUAUAAAAAUGUCUCCAGAAAGUCCCCCAGUGAAAAUAGAAAAGUGAGUGUUUCGUCUCAUAGUGUUAAUAAGGAAAGUAAAAUUGAAAGAACCUUAAAUUUAAAUCAAGUUGAUUCCAGGUCAGAAAAAAAUUUCCUUGGGACAGAAAAUGUUGUGGUGCAUAGAAGACUCCAAACAAAAGUUAAGUCCAGCCAUAACGUUGUUAAAAGAACUAGUAUUUCAGUUCAUCCCAUAGUACAAAGUCAGUCGGAUCCGAGUGGUAAUUUAUUGGGAACUAACAGACAUGAAAGGUAUUUGUGCAAGACCAACAAAAGGUCCUGUAACAGAGAGACAUCAGAAAUGGGAGUUCAGCAUGAAAGAAAACUGAUUAGAAACCAAAAAGUAGACCAUACAGAACUUAGAAAGGCUGAUCAUGAAGUACAAGUAAACCAAGAUCAAGGAAAAGCAGAACCUGCAUUGGGGAUACAUGAACCUGAAGUUCCUUGGAAGCAGGAACCACUAGUACAAAUAAGUGAAGAUGCAUUUGGUAGUGUUAAUGAGACUGUUAUACCUGAAAGUGGUUUCCAUGAAAAUGCAAAACCUUUGGCAGAAAUUAGACUUGUAGCUAAGAGUGGACCUGUUUUAACCGAGGAAGUCAUCGUUGAACAAGUAAAGUCUUUGAUUGAGUCUCAGACAUUGGUAAUUAAGGAUGAUGCGCAUAUUGUACUUACAAGAGGAAAUGCGCAGGAGGUGAUUUUAAGGAUAUUACCCAAAGAAUUUGAUGAGAACCACCUUUUUGGAAACCAACAGGAGGAAUUUGAAUGUGAUGAUUUGUUGCCCCAGCAAGAUGAUGAUUUUCUGUCUCGAGAAAACACAAUAGUAUUGCGUGACUUAGCAUUUUCAGAAGAAAGCUGCUGCAAUGCAGUGGUUGAUGAACCACCUAAUAAGUGCACUGAUCCUGAUGUCAAAACUACAUAUCCAGCAACAUCUCUCUCACAGUCAUCUAAUGAAAUGUUUGAAGAUCCUGGGGUGAAGAGUGAAGAUCUUGAAGAACUUCUUAAAAGAGACAAAGACUCUUACUGCAUGAUUGACUCUUUGCAAGAUGCUGACCCAGUAACUAUUGAAAAGAUGUUGCUUAAUGAAGCUUCUCUCCUGAGACAGAAUAGUGAAGCUUCUUUCUUCAGACAGAGUGAAGACCUGAUUGUAGUCCAUAGAUCAGAUGGUGGACUGGUUACCGAGGAUGGAACACCAAUACCUGAUGACCUUCAGUCCUUUAUUUCAUCAUUACCAGAUGUCCAGACAUAUGUACCUGAUGGAUAUGUAAAUCAUAUUGUUCUGUCUUCAAAACCUUAGACAGAGAAAGACAAGUACAUUGAAGAGACUACCUCAUGAAGUCAUUAUUGUACAAAAUUCGCCAUCUUCAGACUUGCAGCAAGGAGAUUGGUUUUCUACCAUAUUUACCAAAUUCAUUUGAAUAAGUGUUGACACUGGAUAUUGUCAAGUCAUUUGUGUUUCUGAUGUUGGAAUUGUGCAUACAGAGACUGGUUGAUUUUCAGUGGAAUAAUGUUUACAUUUUCAAAAAAUAUUUUGUGUUAAAAAUUUACUUCUGCUCAACUCUCCAGAAAUUUUGUUAGUAAUUUAGAAGAAUAUGUAAAUACUGUGUUGCAUAUCUAUCCAUUAUGCAUAAAUCAUCCAGGUAGCUGAAUGUUUUCUCUUAAUUUAUAAACUCAACUAUUUGGAAAUUAUGAUAAUGAAUUUCUUGGUAAUAUCAAUAAGAUAGUUGUUACAAUUGUUUAAUACAGAAUAUAUGUAGUUUUAUAUUAUGGAUAUACACAGUGUAGUGUCAGAUGGUAUACAUAGUUGUAUUCUGGCAAAUGGCCUUACAACAUGGUUUGUGUACAGGAGAUAAAAACUUUAAAAUUUUGCAGUGGAAGUAAUAUUAGGACAAUAAAUAAACAAGUGAUGGAUUUUUAUAGUGUUGGUUGAUGCUGAAAGAAUAUAAUGUAAAAGUAAGAACUUCAGAAUUUUUUUUUACUUAACCCAGAAAGUUGAAGUAUAUAUCUAUAAUGAAAAGAUUUUAUUUGCCUUUCCUUUUGAUUGUAAUAUGGAUCUCUUAAUUUUGUCCUUUUGUUAAUGAAAAUUCAUGAAGGUUAGUCGAUCUCUACAAAUAUAGUACUUGGAAGCUUAUUGAACUUACCAGCUUACGCUGCCAUUUUGCAUUAUCUUACAAGAGGGAGUGAUAAUAAUUGGCAUUUUCCUGUGCGUCUGGAAUUCAAAAGAAUUGUCAUAAGGUUUAAAACAAUAUUCUUGCCACUGACUUGAGUGAAAUUUAAACUGCAUAAGAAUGAUUUUUGUAUAAAUAUGCUGUUAUAAUUACAGCAUUUGCAUUUAAAGGUAUUGUAGAUUAUUUUGAUAAUAAAUGAAUAUUAAGUUCUAUUUUAAAUGUUUAGCAAAUCAAACUGGAAUUGAUGUACCAAAAUAAUUCAGAAUCAUUCCUGUUAAUAAAUUGCAUUUACAUACUAAAGGUUUUCAUUUCCAUUCUCUUGCUGAAGUUGAAGUUUCCUUAUAGUAUACAGUGCUCCCCUCAUAUUCACAGGGGAUAGGUACCAGACCCCUAUGCAAAUAAAAACUGUUAAAGCUGCCUAUUUUGUUAAGUA